CCGGUGGGCUCACGAGAUGAACUUCCAGGUGAAGUUCAUUUCUCCUGUUACUUAAAAGCUGAAGCUGGCCCAGACGUGCAGCAUAAGAAGCAGCAAAGUUGUAGUCUUCAAAAUCAGAGCGAAGUUGCUUUGUAAAGAGUUCUAUAAAUAUUAGUAAUUAUUACCGUACUUUAGGUUUAAUCUCAAAUACCUAUCGAGCGCCUUCUGCUACGCGCUGCAGGAACUGGAUACACACUGACCUGUGUAGAAUUGCCUGCAAGUGUCCAUAAUCUUCAGGGUGGAGAAGUCUCUCUCAGAAAACUGCAGAAGAACACGGCCUGGCUGAGGUAGUAUCAAUGCAGCUGGAGUGGCAGACUCAGCUCUGGCAUCACCUUCUUCCUUUGCUUUAAGGAAAACUCAUCAGGACUUUUGUAUUUGGAAAGCUGUGUAAAUGCAGUCAGUGUCAUGAUGUCUCAGGAGCCAGAGGUGGAGUGCCAGCCGUCCCAGGGCAGCGGCGCCUGCUCACAGUCACAGGGCGUUUUCUCGCAGUCCCACGGCCCCUCUUCACAGGCACCAGGAGGCUCCUCACAGUCCCAGAGCACAUCCAGCUCCUCUACCAGCACAGUGCCGACGUCCAGCCAGUCAUCUCACUCCAGCUCGGGGACACUGAGCUCCCUAGACACAGUGUCCACUCAGGAACUGUAUUCUAUUCCUGAGGACCAAGAACCGGAGGAGCCUGUCCCUGCCCCUUGGGCUCGAUUAUGGGCCCUUCAGGAUGGAUUCUCCAAUCUCGAGUGCGUUAAUGACAACUACUGGUUUGGGAGGGACAGGAGCUGUGAGUACUGCUUUGAUGAGCCACUGCUGAAAAGAACGGAUAAAUAUCGGACUUACAGCAAGAAGCACUUUCGGAUUUUCAGGGAAAAGGGUCCUAAAGACUCUUACAUCGCUUAUAUAGAAGAUCACAGUGGGAAUGGAACCUUUGUAAAUAGAGAACUUGUAGGGAAAGGAAGACGCCUUCCUUUGAGUAACAAUUCUGAAAUUGCACUUUCAGUGUCGAAUAAUAAAGUUUUUGUAUUUUUCGAUCUGACUGUGGAUGAUCAAUCAGUUUAUCCCAAGGAAUUAAGAGACAAGUACAUCAUGUCAAAAACUCUUGGAAGUGGGGCCUGUGGUGAGGUGAAGCUAGCCUUUGAGAGGAAAACAUGUAAGAAAGUAGCCAUAAAGAUCAUCAGCAAAAGGAAGUUUGCUAUUGGCUCCGAGAAAGAGGCAGAUCCGGCUCUCAAUGUUAAAACAGAAAUCGAAAUUUUGAAAAAAUUAAAUCAUCCUUGUAUCAUCAAGAUUAAAGACUUUUUUGAUGCUGAAGAUUUUUAUAUUGUUUUGGAAUUGAUGGAAGGAGGCGAGCUGUUUGACAGGGUGGUGAGGACUAGACGCCUGAAAGAAGAUACGUGCAAACUAUAUUUUUACCAGAUGCUCCUGGCUGUGCAGUAUCUUCAUGACAAUGGCAUUAUACAUCGGGACUUGAAGCCAGAGAAUGUUCUUCUCUCAUCUCAAAAAGAGGACUGCCUUAUAAAGAUUACUGAUUUUGGGCAGUCCAAGAUUUUGGGGGAGACUUCUCUCAUGAAAACCUUAUGUGGUACCCCUACUUACUUGGCCCCUGAGGUUCUUAAUUCUUUUGGGACUGCCGGAUAUAAUCGUGCGGUGGACUGCUGGAGUUUAGGAGUUAUCCUUUUUAUUUGCCUUAGUGGGUAUCCACCUUUCUCUGAGCAUAAGACUCAAGUGUCACUGAAGGAUCAGAUCACCAGUGGAAAAUACAACUUCAUUCCCGAAGUCUGGGCUGUGGUCUCAGAGAAGGCUCUGGACCUCGUUAAGAAGUUGUUGAUAGUGGAUCCAAAGACACGUUUCACAACAGAAGAAGCUUUAAAACACCCGUGGCUUCAGGAUGAAGACAUGAAGAGAAAAUUUCAAAAUUUGCUUUUUGAAGAAAACAAGUCAACAGCUUUGCCCCAGUUCCCAGCCCAGCCUUCUACAAGUCGAAAACGGCUCCUUGAAGGGGAACCGGAGGACGCCGGCACCACAAAACGCCUGGCUGUAUGUGCUGCUGUCUCGUGAACACUGGUUGAACAUGAAAGAAAUGUAUCUUCUGGAACUCUGCUAGAAUUUUCUUUAUAUUUGUUUUUUGGUUGUUUGUGUUUUGGUUACAGGAAGAGCCAUUUAUCCAUAGACAUCGAUACACAAUUAAAACCCUAAUGGCACCUGGGCUUUGUGCUUUGGCUUGAAGAUCCACUCUUUAGUUGUUAUGCUUUUUUGUGUAUUUGAAAUCAUGUGCUUUUUGUCUGUCACUCUACUUUGCACACAAAUUUCUCAGGAUAUGUCCCUGGUUUCACGUUGGGCCAGAUGCAUAUAAAUUCUAAAGGCUCUCUAGAAACUUUCAGGGAAAGGGGCACAGUGAAAUUGGAGUAGAGUUAAUAGAGACUGGCUGGUUGCCACAAUCCUCCUGAGAUAGUAGGUACGUGGGUCCAUGGAUCUGUUUUAAAUUCUCAUCCUUGCCCUCGUAAAGAUACAGGUCCACAGUUAUGCUCAGGGAAAUAUACUAGAUAUUGUGUGGUUCCACUUAUGAGGCACCUAGAGUAGUCAAACUCACAGACACAGAAAGUAGAAGGGUGGUUGCCAGGAGCUGGGGGUGGGGGAAGUUUUGGUUCAACAGAUACAAAGUGUCUGUUUUGCAAGAUGAAAAGUUUUGGAGGUGGAUGAUAGUGAUCAUUGUGCAACAGUGUGAAUGUGCUUAAUCUGAACUGUGUACUUAAAAAAAUUAAGAUGUUAAAUUUUGUGAUGUAUAUUUU